GGGACGCUCAAAGUUCGUGCGAGAAGCGCCCCGAGAGUCGAAAAUCCCAUGACCUCCGCCAUGUGCCUCAACCAAGGCGGUUUGGAAAAAAUUACUAGUACGGGAAACGUUUGAAGGAUGUUCAAAGGCGUUUCGGAGGGAAAGGAGGAAGCCGAUGAAAAACUACAGAUGCGAGCGCUUCUCGUGUCUCCUUUUCGCAUGCGCAGUGUGUCCGAGCACUCUGCGAAAACAUCAGGUUACCUUUUGCGGAAUAUGGUCCAGGUUCGAGCUGGUCGUUUUCGCUGCAUGUUUGCGUCCUCCAGUCCAAUUAGACCUUGAAUUUCUGGGUAAAAAGUCGUCGCAUAAAAACGUGCUCGUUCUUGACGGGGAACAGUUUUUGUUCGGCGUGCACGAAUCGAGAACGCAGAGCAGACUGCCGUCAACAGGCCGCUGUGCCAAGCCUCUUUUUCCCACUCCACCCCGUGGUUUAUCUCGCACGUUUUCGACGCGUUGCCUUUGUCCGCCAAUUCGCCACGACGUAGCCACUAUGGCGUCUUCGUCCUGCGUCGCUUUCUCGUACGACGACCUCGGUCUGCCCGUCGUCGCGGCCUCGUCGCCCGCCGGUCUUCCCGUUCCGUCCUUGUCAGCCUCUGGUCGCGGACCCACUGCAGUUUCUACGGGGACAACGAUUGUGGCGGUUUCCUUUAAAGGAGGCGUCGUUCUGGGUGCAGACACGCGCACUUCCGCCGGCAGCUACGUGGUGAACCGCGCCGCGCGGAAAAUCAGCCGCGUCCACGAGAGAAUUUGUGUGUGUCGCUCAGGAAGUGCCGCGGACACUCAGGCAGUCACGCAGAUCGUCAAGUUGUACAUCCAGCAGUACGCGCAGGAACUUCCCAAGGGCGAGGAACCCCGGGUCGAAGCCGCCGCAAAUGUCUUCCAGUCGCUGUGUUACCAGCACAAAGACGCCCUGACAGCCGGACUCAUUGUCGCGGGAUUCGACAAAGUCAAGGGCGGGCAAAUCUACGCCCUUCCUCUUGGUGGUGCUCUCGUGCCCAUGCAGUACACUGCUGGCGGCUCGGGUUCGGCGUUCAUCAGCGCCUACAUGGACGCAAACUUCAAACAGAACAUGACGCAGGAGGAGGCGGUCAACCUGGUGAAAAACUCCGUGGCGUAUGCGAUCUCUCGAGACGGCUCCUCCGGAGGCAUGGUCCGCGUCGUCGUAAUCACCGAGGACGCUAUGCUGGAGGAAUGUGUUGAGGGAAACAAACUGCCUGUCGCCCCAUAACCGCGCGGCGAAGCACGGUGGCACGGGUGGACGGAAAAAUGCCGGCGCAAAAAUCGGGUCUUCUGGGAAGAGAAUCAAGAUCAUUGAGAACGGUGCAGUUGCAGCGUUCAUUUGGGAAGAAAUGAGUCAACGUUCAGGAGGGCGCCGACUGAAAAAACUGAAGCCGUCUGGGGUGUGCUGUGGACACUCUUGUGAUUUUGCGGUGUACUGACACUCAACCUUGUACUGUGCUCCGUUCGGCUGCCUGUGUAGACUUUCAUUUCUUCGAUGCAGUGUGUUUUCGUGAAGAAAGGGACCAGGAAAGUCGCAGCUUAACAUCUCGUUCCUUAUUUCUCACGGCUUAUCUGCCAGAAACACAGCUAGAAACCGCCGGUCAACGUUGAGGAGUUUCCUAGCAUUGAACAAACAAUUGAAAAGGACAGUGUGUUCUGGUAGUCAUUGGUAAUCUCGCUGU